AUGGGUAUCGAUAUUUGCCAUCGAUUUGAGAGAAAGGUCAGGAGAACUGCGCCUAAAAGCAAUGAUAUAUACUUACGUCUCCUGGUAAAGCUUUACCGCUUCUUAGCCAGAAGAACCAACUCCAAAUUUAACAAAGUGGUGCUGAAGCGCCUCUUUAUGAGCAGAACCAACAGGCCCCCCAUCCCAUUGUCCAGAGUUACCAGACAUAUGAAGAAAUAUGGUAGAGAAGGCAAGAUUGCAGUUGUUGUGGGGACAGUAACUGAUGAUAUCAGAAUGUUUGAUGUGCCCAAAAUGAAGAUCUGCGCUUUACGCAUGACAGAGAGAGCUCGUGCCAGAGUACUGAAGAGUGGAGGCGAGAUUCUCUCUUUUGACCAACUGGCUCUCAAGGCCCCCAAAGGAGACAACACCAUCCUUAUGCAAGGUCGUCGUAAGGCUCGUAAAGUGUACAGACACUUUGGCCCAGCUACUGGUGUACCCCACAGUCAUACCAAACCCUACGUCAGAGCUAAAGGACGUAAAUUUGAGAGAGCCAGAGGCCGCAGAAAGAGCAGAGGUUUCAAGAAUUAA